AUGGUCAAGUUUUUCCUCAAAAUACUUGGAGAAUUGACUAAUGUUACCGAUUUGGAACCGGUCGAUACACCAGAGUCGCCAUAUGAGUACACUUUUCAAAUAGAAUGUACGAAAUGCAGAACCAUACACGACAAAGAUAUUCACAUGAACCGAUUUGAACAGCAUGAAAUGAGUGGAUCAAGAGGAGAAGCUAGUUUUGUGUUCAGGUGCAAAGAGUGCAAGAAUGAACAUUCAGCUAGUAUAACGAGGACCAACGAGAAGUUGGUAAUCGGGGCCAACAGACCAGCGACUAUACUAGAAAUCGACGCAAGAGGUCUUGACUUUACCAAGUUUAUACCAGAUGGAAAAUUCCAAGCUUUAGGGGAGGAAACGGGGACCAAAUUUGAUGAAGUUGAUUUGGAGGAUGGUGAAUGGUAUGAUGUUGAUGAAAAGACUAAUGAAGAAGUGUCGAUAGUUGAUGUUAAAUGGACCAUCUCACGCUCAUAG